AUGACUAUCUACCCAGCGGACACACCAGAGACGCUCAACCCCUUAAUCGUCACGACUGUCUUCGGGGUGGUGGCGCUCCUGAGCUGCAUAGGCCGGAUAUAUGCCCUCCACCUGCGAAACCACAGCUUCCGCGAGGAGGAGUACUACAUCGCAGCGGCCCUCUUCCUAACUUAUGUCUCCCUGGGGAUCCAAUGGGCCUGUGUCCUACGCGGUGGGACAGGGAGGCACCUUAUCCUCCCCUUCGAGGCCCUCUACGGUCUCACGCUCAUGUUCGUCAAGCUGGCCGUCCUGCGCUUCUACAGCAGGAUCUUUGCGCCGAGCGCGUGGGUCACCUGGAGCGUGAGGGUGACCGCUGCGGCGGUGAUCAUGUGGAUGGCCUCGGUCGUCCUUGAGACUUUCCUCCUCUGCCGGCCGCUCGCUUUCAACUGGGACACGACCAUCCCCGGCGGCGCCUGUGGGGACCGCAAUGCUGUGUUUGUCAUUGCCGGGGUCACGAAUAUGGUCACGGACUUCAUGGUCCUGCUUCUCCCCGUGCCUUGCAUUUUGAAGCUGCAAAUGCCUACAGGCCAAAAGUUCGGGUUACUUCUCGUAUUUUGUAUGGGAAUUCUUAUCACCGCCAUUUCCAUCGUCAGACUCAAGUCACUCACGACCAUCUCCUUCGAGGACCCGACGUGGACACUGCCAAUGGGCCUGCUAUGGACCGUCCUCGAGCCGGAGCUCGCCAUCAUCAACGCCAACCUCCCCCUGAUGCGCCGGUUCUUCGCCAAGAUCAUACCCAAGAUGAUGUCCUUCUCGCGGUCCAAGAGCACCGUCGAGCGAAGCAAGAAGAACGACUUUGAGAAGCUCAGCGACAACGGCAUCAUGCUGCGCACGAUAGGCGGUGGGUAUAUGCAGAGGAACAACGUCGUUGUUGGCGCGGACGAUUCCAAGGCCAGCGAGGGCGCAAGCACGACAGGUAUAAUACAGCAGCGGUCUAUCCGUGUGGACUAUGACAAUAUCAGCGAUGAGGAGGUUGGGUUGUAUCACAAUGACGGCCGUAUUCGCGCCAGCGAGGUAUAA